AUGUGGGCUUACCUGUUGCUGUGGCCCUUGGUGUUGGCAGUCACCUUGGUGGGCAGCACCCAGACCCCCAGCAUCUAUGACGAUGGCGGAAGCACCGGAGGAGGCGAUGACAGCUCACUGGGGCCCUGGGCCAGGCCCACGGAAGCGACGCUCCUGUUCCCACAACAGCCCCGCAGCUUCCCAGGUCAGGUCUUCACCAACAACAGUGACAUCCUGGAGAUUCCAGACAGCUCGCGGGCGCUGCUGCUGGGCUGGGUGCCCACACGACUGGUGCCCACACUCUACGGGCUGGUCCUGGUGGUGGGGCUGCCCGCGAAUGGCCUGGCACUGUGGGUGCUGGCCACACAGAUGCCGAGGCUGCCCUCCACUGUGCUGCUUAUGAACCUGGCAGCUGCUGACCUCCUGCUGGCCCUGGCAUUGCCUCCACGGGUUGCCUACCACCUGUGGGGCCAGCACUGGCCCUUUGGUGAGACAGCCUGCCGCCUGGACAUGGUCGCACUCUACGGCCACAUGUACUGCUCCGUGCUGCUGCUGGCGGCCAUCAGCCUAGACCGCUACCUGGCCCUGGUGCACCCGCUGCGGGCCCGCACCCUGCGCGGUGGGCGCCUGUCCGUUGGGCUCUGUGCAGCUGCCUGGCUCAUGGCAGCUGUCCUGGCACUGCCCCUGGUCCUGCAGAGGCAGACCUUCCGGCUGUCACGCUCUGACCAUGUGAUCUGCCAUGACGCACUGCCCCUGGCUGCCCAGGCCUCCCACUGGCGGCCAGCCUUCACCUGCCUGGCGCUGUUGGGCUGCUUUCUGCCUCUGCUGGCCAUGCUGCUGUGUUAUGGGGCCACCCUCCACGCACUGAGCACAGCUGGCCAGCGCUAUGGCUAUGCGCUCAGGUUGACAGCGCUGGUACUGGCCUCGGCCUUGGCCUUCUUUGUGCCCAGCAACCUGCUGCUGCUGCUACACUACUCAAACCCCAGCCCGGAUGCCUGGGGUGACCUCUACGGUGCCUACAUGCCCAGCCUGGCGCUCAGCACCCUCAACAGCUGUGUGGACCCAAUCAUCUACUACUAUGUGUCAGCCGAGUUCAGAGAUAAGGUGUGGGCGGGGCUCUGCCGGCGGAAGCCAGUGGGUAGUGUGGCCUCCAAGCCCUCCAGGGAGGGGGGCACCCGCUCCUCAUCACUCCUUUAA